AUGUCAGUGAUUCUCGCAUCGGCUGGUUAUGAUCAUACAAUUCGGUUUUGGGAGGCGUUGACGGGCGUCUGUUCUCGCACGAUCCAGCAUGCGGAUUCACAGGUCAACCGACUCGAAAUCACAUCUGACAAACGGUUUUUAGCCGCGUGUGGGUAUCUACACGUUAGACUUUAUGAUAUACGAACCGCAAAUCCUAAUCCAGUGACGUCUUUCGAGGGUCAUCGCGGAAACGUGACAUCGAUAGCGUUUCAACAGGACAAUAAAUGGAUGGUAUCAUCCAGUGAGGACGGAACGAUUAAAGUAUGGGACGUGCGGGCACCUUCUGUGCAACGUAAUUACAAGCAUCACGCUCCGGUGAACGAAGUCGUAAUUCAUCCCAAUCAGGGUGAGCUCAUAUCCUGUGAUCAAGACGGUAAUAUCCGUAUAUGGGACCUAGGUGAAAACCAGUGUACGCAUCAAUUGACGCCAGAGGACAAUACGCCGUUACAAUCGCUAUCUGUCGCAAGCGAUGGUUCCAUGCUUGUCGCGGGUAACAACAAGGGGAACUGUUAUGUAUGGCAGAUGCCAAAUCACACGGAUGCAGCGAAUUUGAAGCCAGUGACGAGGUUUCGGUCCCAUACCAAAUAUAUUACGAGGGUUUUACUCUCUUCGGACGUGAAGCAUUUAGCCACUUGUUCUGCAGACCAUACGGCGCGAGUAUGGUCAGUAGAGGACAAUUUCCAACUCAAAACCACGCUGGACGGGCAUCAACGAUGGGUUUGGGAUUGUGCCUUUAGUGCAGAUUCGGCAUAUUUGGUAACGGCUUGUUCGGACCACUACGUCAGGUUAUGGGAUCUUUCCACACGUGAAAUCGUGAGGCAAUACGGCGGUCACCACAAAGGCGCGGUUUGUGUGGCAUUAAAUGAUGUGUAA